AGGUCCUGGGGUAGCCCAGAAUGGCUGCAGUGUCAUAUGAUCAGUUGUUAAAACAAGUAGAGGUGUUAAAAAUGGAGAACUCAAAUCUUCGACAAGAACUGGAAGAUAAUUCAAAUCAUCUUACAAAACUUGAAACUGAAGCAUCUAAUAUGAAGGAGGUAUUGAAGCAAUUGCAAGGAAGUAUUGAAGAUGAAGCAAUGGCUUCAUCUGGUCAGAUUGAUUUGCUGGAACGUCUUAAAGAACUGAAUUUGGAUAGCAAUAACUUCCCUGGAGUGAAGCUAAGGCCAAAGAUAUCCAUGCGUUCAUACGGAAGCAGAGAAGGAUCAGUUUCCAGUCGAUCAGGUGAAUGCAGCCCUGUUCCCAUGGGAUCAUUUCCCAGAAGAGGUUUUAUGAAUGGAAGUAGAGAAAGCACUGGUUAUCUAGAAGAACUAGAGAAAGAAAGGUCUCUUUUGCUUGCUGAGCUUGAAAAGGAAGAAAAAGAAAAAGACUGGUAUUAUGCUCAGCUUCAGAAUUUGACUAAAAGGAUAGAUAGUCUUCCUCUUACUGAAAAUUUUUCAUUGCAGACUGACAUGAAUAGAAGGCAAUUGGAAUAUGAGGCAAGACAGAUCAGAGCUGCCAUGGAAGAACAACUUGGUACAUGUCAGGACAUGGAGAAGAGAGCACAGGUGCGAGUAGCUAGAAUUCAACAAAUUGAGAAAGAUAUUCUGCGUAUAAGACAGCUAUUGCAAUCCCAGGUUGCUGAGCCAGAGAGAACAGCUCCAAGCAAGCAUGGUGCAAGUUCGCAUGAAUCUGAAAGGCAAAAUGAAUGUCAAGGAGCAGCUGAAAUUGUGGCAACUGCUGGCAGUAGCCAGAGUUCAACUGCUCGGAUGGACCAUGAAACAUCCAGUGUUAUGAGUUCUAAUAGUAAUUACUCUGUUCCUCGAAGACUGACAAGUCACUUGGGUACCAAGGUUGAAAUGGUGUAUUCACUGCUGUCAAUGUUGGGCACUCAUGAUAAAGAUGAUAUGUCACGAACAUUGCUAGCCAUGUCUAGCUCCCAGGAUAGCUGCAUAGCUAUGCGCCAGUCUGGAUGUCUUCCUCUUCUCAUUCAACUUUUGCAUGGCAAUGAUAAAGACUCUGUGUUGUUGGGCAACUCUCGUGGAAGUAAAGAAGCUCGUGCCAGAGCCAGUGCAGCACUACAUAAUAUCAUUCAUUCCCAGCCUGAUGAUAAACGAGGCAGACGAGAAAUACGUGUUCUCCAUCUUCUAGAACAAAUCCGAGCUUACUGUGAAACUUGUUGGGAAUGGCAGGAAGCACAUGAUCAGGGCAUGGACCAAGAUAAAAAUCCAAGGGGUUUACAAGCCAUUGCAGAAUUGCUACAGGUAGAUUGUGAAAUGUAUGGGCUUACUAAUGACCAUUAUAGUGUCACAUUAAGACGAUACGCUGGAAUGGCUCUAACAAAUUUAACUUUUGGAGAUGUAGCCAACAAGGCUACUUUGUGUUCUAUGAAGGGAUGCAUGAGAGCUUUAGUAGCCCAGUUAAAAUCUGAAAGUGAAGAUUUGCAGCAGGUUAUUGCAAGUGUUUUAAGAAAUUUGUCUUGGCGGGCAGAUGUGAAUAGUAAGAAGACACUACGAGAGGUUGGGAGUGUGAAAGCACUGAUGGAAUGUGCUUUGGAAGUUAAAAAGGAAUCUACGCUGAAAAGUGUAUUGAGUGCCUUAUGGAAUCUAUCAGCGCAUUGCACUGAGAAUAAAGCUGAUAUAUGUGCAGUGGAUGGUGCUCUUGCCUUUUUGGUUGGCACACUGACAUACCGAAGCCAAACAAAUACUUUAGCCAUCAUUGAAAGUGGAGGGGGAAUUCUUCGUAAUGUGUCUAGUUUGAUUGCUACAAAUGAGGACCAUAGGCAAAUACUGAGAGAGAAUAACUGCUUGCAAACCCUCUUACAUCAUUUGAAGUCUCACAGUUUGACAAUAGUCAGUAAUGCAUGUGGAACUUUGUGGAACCUGUCUGCACGGAAUGCAAAGGACCAGGAAGCGUUAUGGGACUUGGGAGCAGUCAGUAUGCUCAAAAAUCUCAUACAUUCGAAGCACAAAAUGAUAGCCAUGGGGAGUGCUGCAGCUCUAAGAAAUUUAAUGGCAAACAGACCUGCAAAAUACAAAGAUGCUAAUAUUAUGUCUCCAGGUUCAAGCUUGCCAUCUCUUCAUGUCAGAAAGCAAAAAGCACUGGAAGCAGAAUUAGAUGCUCAACAAUUAUCUGAGACUUUUGACAACAUUGAUAAUUUAAGUCCCAAAACAUCUCACCGCAAUAAACAAAGACAUAAACAGAAUCUUUACAGUGAGUAUGUUUUGGAUGGUAAUCGCCAUGAAGAUGGAGUGUGCAGAUCAGAAAACUUUAACAGUGGAAAUGUGACUGUACUUUCACCAUAUUUAAAUACUACAGUAUUGCCUGGCUCCUCCUCAUCAAGCAGAGGAAAUACAGAGAAUUCUCGUUCUGAAAAAGAACGGAGUUUAGAUAGGGACCGUGCAGUGGGAUUGAACAGCUACCAUAACACAGCAGAAAAUUCUGGCAACUCUUCUAAACGAAUAGGAAUACAAAUUUCUACUGCUGCUACCCAGAUUUCAAAAGCAAUGGAGGAAACAGCAAAUAUGCACAUAUCACAAGAUGAAAGAAGCAGUGGAUCUAUAACAGAAAUUCAUAGUUUGUCGGAAGACAGAAAUGCUUUAAGAAGAACUUCUACUGCUCACUCACACACAAGUAGUUAUAACUUUCCAAAAUCUGAGAACAGGGCAUGUUCUGUACCAUAUUCAAAAGUAGAGUAUAAAAGAGCUUCUAAUGAUAGUUUAAACAGUGUCAGUAGCAGUGAUGGGUAUGGUAAAAGAGGACAAAUGAAGCCUAUAGAAUCUUAUUCUGAAGACGAAGAAAGUAAAUUUUGCAGUUAUGGACAGUAUCCUGCUGAUUUAGCUCAUAAAAUACACAGUGCUAAUCACAUGGACGAUAAUGAUGGGGAACUGGAUACUCCAAUAAACUAUAGUUUGAAAUAUUCUGAUGAACAAUUGAAUUCUGGAAGGCAGAGCCCAUCUCAGAAUGAAAGAUGGGCAAGACCUAAGCAUGAAAUAGAAGAAGAAAUAAAACAGAAUGAGCAAAGGCAGAACAGAAGUCAAAGUGGAGCAUAUCCUGUAUAUCCUGAGAGUGGUGAUAAUAAACACCUAAGUUAUCAAUCAGCUUUUGGACAGCCAGAAUGUGUCUCUCCUUUCAGAUCAAGAGAAUCCAGUAAUUCAGAACAAAACAAAGUAGGAUGUAAUCAUGGAAUAAAUCCCAAAGUCAAUCAGUCCUUGUGUCAGGUGGAUGAUUAUGAGACUGAUAAGCCUACAAAUUAUAGUGAGCAUUAUUCUGAAGAGGAACAGCAUGAGGAAGAAGAUCAUCCAACUAAUUACAGCAUAAAAUACAAUGAAGAGGCGCACCAUGUGGAUCAGCCAAUUGAUUACAGUCUUCGAUAUUCAACAGAGGUUCCUCCUGCACAGAAACCAUCUUUUUCAUUUUCAAAAACUCCAUCGGUACAGAGUACUAAAACAGAUCAUAUUUCGUCAAGCAGUGGAAAUACAUCAUCAUCUGCUGCAUCCAAAAAACAUAACCAACUUCAUCCAAAUUCUGCUCAGAAUAGGGCAAAUCAUACUCAGAAGCCUACAUCCUGCAAAGCAUCCUCCAUUAACCAGGAAACAAUACAAACUUACUGUGUAGAAGAUACACCAAUAUGUUUUUCAAGAUGUAGCUCUCUGUCAUCUUUAUCAUCAGCUGAAGAUGAAACAGGACGUGAUCAUUCCACACGGGUAGCUGAUACUGAUAACUUUCUGAAGAUAGUUGGAAUGAAAGAAAACAGUGGGAAUCAGUCAACAGCAGUAACAACUAAUGAAACCUCAUUAGCUUCCCAGCAUCUUAGAACAAAAUCAAAUAGACUUCAGACUUCCACUGUUUCUUCCUCUGAUUCAGCAAGACAUAAAGCUGUUGAGUUUUCUUCGGGUGCCAAGUCUCCUUCAAAAAGUGGUGCCCAAACUCCCAAGAGCCCACCAGAACAUUAUUUACAGGAGACUCCGCUCAUGUUUAGCAGAUGUACCUCUGUGAGUUCCUUGGAUAGUUUUGAGAGCCGUUCAAUUGCUAGCUCUGUUCAAAGUGAGCCAUGUAGUGGGAUGAUAAGUGGUAUAAUAAGCCCAAGUGAUCUUCCAGAUAGUCCUGGGCAGACAAUGCCACCCAGCAGGAGUAAAACUCCACCACCUACCCAAGUGCCCCAAGUAAAGAGAGAAGCAGCCAAAGCAAAAGUAUCCAACACUGAAAAGAGAGAAUCUGGACCAAAACAAACAGCUGUAAAUACAGCUGUUCAAAGGGUGCAGGUAAUGCAAGAUGCUGACACUUUGUUACACUUUGCAACAGAAAGUACACCAGAUGGAUUUUCUUGUUCAUCAAGUCUGAGUGCUUUAAGUCUUGAUGAACCGUUUAUACAGAAAGAUGUGGAAUUGAGAAUAAUGCCUCCUGUGCAUGAAAAUGAUCAUGUAAAUGAAGCAGAACUUGAACAAUCAAAUGAUACGAAGGAUAAUAUAGAAAAAGAUACAAAAGAAUCCACUGAAAUAGAGAAAGAUAUUCUAGAUGAUUCAGAUGAAGAUGAUAUUGAAAUAUUGGAGGAGUGUAUUAUUUCUGCUAUGCCAACUAAGUCUUCACGUAAAGCCAAAAAGCCUUCGCAGGUAACUGCUUCUAAAAUACCUCCACCUGUAGCCAGAAAGCCAAGCCAUUUGCCUGUAUAUAAACUUCUUCCUUCUCAGAGCAGAUUACAUUCCCAAAAGCAUGUUACAUUUACCCCUGGUGAUGACAUGCCACGUGUUUAUUGUGUUGAGGGAACACCAAUAAAUUUUUCAACAGCUACAUCUCUGAGUGAUCUAACAAUAGAAUCACCUCCAAAUGAACUGGCCAGUACAGGGAUUGCUGUUUCAGGAAUUGAAUCAGCUGAAAUUGAAAAGAGGGAUACAAUUCCCACAGAAGGAAGAAAUACGGAAGAUGCUCAAAGGGGAAAAAGCAGCUCAGCUGUUGGGUUGAAUGAUGACAAAACAGAGGAAGGUGAUGAUAUUCUUGCAGAAUGUAUUAAUUCUGCUAUGCCAAAAGGGAAAAGUCACAAACCUUUCAGAGUGAAAAAGAUAAUGGAUCAGAUCCAGCUAGUAUCUACACCAUCCUCAAAUACUAAAAAUCAACUAGAAAUAGAGAAAAAGAAACCAACGUCACCAGUAAAGCCUAUGCCACAAAGCAAUGAGUACAGAGCACGCUUAAGAAAAAAUGUAGAAUCAAAAAAUAAUUUUAGCAGUGAAAGAAAUAAUGAGAAUAAAGAGACAAAGAAGCAGACUCUUGAAAAUAAUUCAAAAGAUUUUAAUGAUAAACUUCCAAAUAAUGAAGAGCGUACAAGAGGAAACUUUACAUUCGAUUCUCCCCACCACUACACUCCAAUUGAAGGAACCCCAUAUUGUUUUUCUCGAAAUGACUCUUUGAGUUCCUUGGAAUUUGAUGAUGAUGUAGAUCUUUCAAAAGAAAAGGCAGAACUGAGAAAGGGGAAAAACAAUGAAAUUGAAGCCAACUCCAAUACAGAAUAUAGUUCAAAUCAGCAAUCAGUCACUAUACCACAAGCUGGCCAAAAGCACUCUUCAACUGGAAGAAAUCACCCCAAACCUUUGGGGCAAAAUCAGACCUCUUUUUGUCCAUCAGCCAAAGACAUUACAUCUACAGAUGAAAAAACGCAGAAUUUUGCAAUAGAAAAUACACCUGUUUGUUUCUCUCGUAAUUCCUCUCUCAGUUCUCUCAGUGAUAUUGAUCAGGAAAACAACAAUAGCAAAGAAAGUGAACCUGUAGAACAAAUAGAACCACCUGAGAAACACAUAGAGCCAACUAGAGCACCAGUUUCUGGAUAUGCUCCUAAAUCAUUUCAUGUGGAAGAUACACCUGUAUGCUUUUCAAGGAACAGCUCCCUUAGUUCUCUUAGUAUUGAUUCAGAAGAUGAUCUUUUGCAGGAAUGUAUUAGUUCAGCCAUGCCUAAAAAGAAAAAGCCAUCAAGGUCAAAGGGGGAUAAUGAAAAAUUUAGUUCUAGAAACACUGGAGGCAUUUUAGCAGAAAAUCUCACAUUAGAUUUGAAAGAUAUACAAAGGCCUGAUUCAGAGAACGGUUUCUCACCCGAUUCAGAGAACUUUGAUUGGAAAGCUAUUCAAGAAGGUGCAAAUUCUAUAGUUAGCUGUUUACAUCAAGCUGCUGCAGCAGCAUCACUAUCUAGACAAGCUUCCUCAGAUUCAGAUUCAAUCCUUUCAUUAAAAUCAGGAAUUUCCUUAGGAUCACCAUUUCAUCUUACACCAGAUCAAGAAGAAAAACCUUUUACUUGUAAUAAGGGUCCAAGAAUUAUUAAACCAGGAGAUAAGAGUACACUGGAAAAUAAGAAAAAUGAGUGUGAAAGUAAAGGAAUUAAAGGAGGAAAGAAAGUUUAUAAAAGCAUGAUUACAGGUAAAGCUCGUUCUAAUUCUGAACUUACAAGUCAUUUAAAACAGCCCUUGCAAACAAAUAUGCCCUCUAUUUCCCGAGGAAGAACAAUGAUUCAUAUUCCUGGAGUUCGAAAUAGUUCUUCAAGUACAAGUCCAGUUUCUAAAAAAGGACCACAACUUAAGAAUGCAGCAUCCAAAAGUCCUAAUGAAAGCCAAAGUUCUACUAGCUCUCCAAGAGUUGUCAAACCGUCUAUGAAAUCUGACCCAAGCCCUAUAUCUAGACAGCCAUCUCAACAGGUUAUUUCAAGUAAAGGACCUUCUAGAUCAGGAUCUAGAGAUUCUACACCUUCUAGACCACAACAGCAACCAUUAAGUAGGCCACUGCAGUCUCCUGGCAGAAACUCAAUUUCACCAGGUAGAAAUGGCAUAAGUCCUCCCAAUAAGCUUUCCCAGCUGCCAAGAACAGCAUCGCCAAGUACAGCUUCCAAUAAGUCAUCAGGUUCAGGAAGAAUGGCAUACACAUCACCAGGCAGACAAAUGAACCAGCAAACUGUAGCAAAACAAACAGGAUUGCCUAAAAGUACCAGUGGAAUUCCUAGAAGUGAAUCUGCCUCAAAAGGAUUAAAUCAAAAUUGUAAUAUCAGUGGAUCAAAUAAAAAGACUGAGUUAUCUAGAAUGUCAUCAACCAAAUCAAGUGGGAGUGAAUCUGACCGAUCAGAGAGACCUGUUUUAGUACGUCAGUCAACUUUUAUUAAAGAAACCCCAAGUCCUACUUUAAGAAGGAAAUUAGAAGAGUCUGUCUCCUUUGAAUCUUUGUCACCUUCUAGACCAGACUCCCCAACCCAGUCCCAAACACAGACUCCAGUUUUAAGUCCAUCGCUUCCUGACAUGUCUUUAUCUGCUCACUCAGCCAUCCAAGCCAGUGGCUGGAGAAAAUUACCUCCUAACCUGAGUCCAUCUUUAGAAUACAGUGAUGGGAGGCCAACAAAACGGCAUGACAUAACUCGAUCUCAUUCUGAGAGUCCAUCCAGAUUGCCAAUUAACAGAUCAGGAACAUGGAAGCGUGAACACAGUAAACAUUCUUCAUCACUUCCUCGUGUAAGUACUUGGCGAAGGACAGGAAGUUCUUCCUCAAUUCUUUCAGCUUCUUCAGAAUCCAGUGAAAAGGCAAAAAGUGAGGAUGAAAAGCAACAUGUAACUUCUUUUUCUGGACUCAAACAAGGUAAAGAAAAUCAAGCACCAACCAAAGGGACUUGGAGAAAAAUAAAGGAAAAUGAAAUUCCUCAAAUAAUGACAAGUCCUCCUCAGAAUAUGUCACCCAGUCCCACCAAUGGUGCUGAUUCAAAAACUCUAAUUUAUCAGAUGGCCCCUGCGGUCUCUAAAACAGAGGAUGUAUGGGUGAGGAUUGAGGACUGUCCUAUUAAUAAUCCAAGGUCUGGAAAAUCUCCAACAGGAAAUAGUCCCCCCAUUAUUGACAGUGGUUCAGAGAAAAGUAGCAUAAAUAAUAAAGAUUCAAAAGAUCUUCAUGGAAAUGUUCCUAUUCGCACCAUGGGUUUAGAAACGCGAUUGAAUUCAUUUACCCAAUCUGAUGGUCCAGACAAGAAAGGAACUGAAACUAAAAUUGUUCUAAGCAGCUCUACAGCUGCCCCAGAGACUAGUGAAAACACUCUGACUGAGCGCACACCAUUUAGUUCUAGCAGCUCAAGUAAACACAGCUCACCAAGUGGUGCUGUUGCAGCACGUGUGACGCCUUUUAACUAUAAUCCAAGCCCCAGAAAAAGUAGUAUAGAUAACAGUUCUGUUCGACCAUCGCAGAUACCAACACCAGCAACUAACAGUACAAAAAAACGAGACUCAAAGACUGAAAGUACAGAUUCGAAUGGUGCACAAAGCCCUAAACGCCAUUCAGGGUCUUAUCUGGUGACUUCUGUUUAAUGGAAAAUUAACAAUGUAUUGAUUUAUGUGGAUUUUUAAAAAUAAAGCAGCAAAAUUGUGGUUAGCCCCUCUUUUUUUUGUAAAUAGGUUUGAUUCUUGUAGAGGGUUCUUGUUCUGGAAGCCAUAUAUAAUAUUCUUUGUCUUCACUAAUAUUUGAGGGAUUCCCAAUUGAUAAUUUAGCAAUAAAAUUGCUAAAAUAAUUAUAUUUGUACAGUAUAUUUUACAUAUAUUUAAUUAACAUCCCAUACCUUUAUAAUUGUUUUGAUGGGUUGGGGGAAUUUAGAAAGAUGAAAAACAGAUUAAAAUAAAUAAUUCUAUUAAUAUAUCACUCACUUCUAGAGUUGCAAAAUGGCUAAAUAACUUCAGGGAAAAAUUGGUAUUUAUGCCAAAAAAGAAAAACCCUCCACCUUAGUAUUUGUGAAGCCACUAACCUUUUAAUUAAUCAUGUGGCUGUGAAAUUCACAGUAAUAUGGUUUCUGCUGAACAAGCCUUUUAUUCCUGCAUGGAUAGAACUGAUGGUUCAUUUUCUGAAAUGAUAAUUAACAUUUCUGUGGUCACAUAAUGUGCAUAGUUAUAGUGAGAUGAAUACAUUUUGGUUUUUGUGCUCUGCAAAAAAGAAAAAAGGACAUAUGUGUAUGUGUAAACCUUGAACAAAAUUAUUUUACCAGAACUAGAUUUUAACUGACAGUAGAUAGGAUUUUUGCUAUGCUGUAACUUGUUGUAUAUUCUGGUAUUUGAGGUAAGAUGGCUGCUCUUUUAUUAAUGAGGCACAGGUGAAGUCUCAACAAAAUUAAAUGACAGAAUAAAUUAUUGCUGUAUGUACAUUUUGUUGUGUGUUACUUUUGCAGUACAUAACAAUCAAUGUUUAAUUUUAAUAUGUUUAAGAAAUCCUUUUUGUAUUAUGCAUUUCCUCAAAAAGCGUGUUGGGAACAAUAAUUAUUCUACUGAAGUCAGUGGAAACAUUCUUACAAAUUUGAAUGGGUCUGUGUUAUAUCCACUGCCUAAUACAGUCGCACACUGGUUUUCUUCCAAUUUCUAAUAGCUGUUUUUAUGUAUCAGCUGCAGCUUUAGGAUAUAGCAUUAGUGUUUUCAGCUGAAAUGUUUGUUGGUUCCUCCAGUUAAGAAAAGAGGCUUAAAAAAGUACUUCCAUACGUAUGCCCGAAGGCAUAAAUUUCCUAUUGCACAGCCUACAGUGCUUUCAAUAUACAAAUACAACAUGGUAAGUAUUGAGAAUGAAAAUUGUUUAAAAAUUUUUUUUUCAUUUGGUUAAUGCACUAGAAACUAAUGUACUAAAUUUUAGUGUCUUGUAGAAAAUAAGAUUUGUAUAUUAAACUGCUCUGGACAAACCAACUUGGUAUUUACAUAUAUUUUACUUUAGAGACCUUCCGUGGACUGUUUACAACAGAAGUACUCUACUAAGUGCCUCUAUGCAGAAAUAGCAACAUGUGUGUGCACAUUGUUAAUUAAAACAGUAGUAAGCAAGUCAAAUGUGUAUCUCAAGCAGAUUUUUGUCAUUACAAUCCUGUUCAUGAUUAUUUGACAAGUUCAAUAUCUGUUUACCGAUGUUCUCAGAUAAUCCAGUUUAAUCUGCAAAUGAAAUCAAUGCUUAAAAUGUAUGGAUGCUACAACAACUAUUCUAGUACCAGUUUUACUUUUUCAGACCAGAUAAUAACCUCUAUAUUAAGCUAGAUUGACAGCAACAUUUUCAAGUGAUUGAUGGCCAAAUUCACACAAAACGGAAAACUAGAUCUGAGAAAUGGUCACAAAUAUCCCUUCUACUUAUUUCUCUCUAUUUUCUCUUCUUACACAUGAUAAAAAUGUGGGGGAAAAGAAAAGUUAAACAAUUUAAGGUUUUACAGUGCCCAACUUUAAAUCACUGCAUAAAGCCUUAAAUUGUUAUUGCUGUUAUUAAGGUUAGCAAAAAACAAAAACAAACCCAAUGUUGCAAACUAAUGAUUUAAAGUAUUUUUAUAUUAAGGAUAGUUGAGAUUAAUUGCAACUUGUCUAGGCCUUGACAUAAUGAUACACUAGCCAUGGUAGGAAUUCUAGGGAUUUUUCUUGGGCAUUUGGAACUACAGCUCCUGCAGCCAUUUGCCAUUGACCAUAGUAACAAGGAUUGAUGAAGUCCAAAGUACCUAACGAGUAUCAGGUUAUGUACGGUGGCUUAGCCUAAAACAGAAAUAAGAGCUUCUAAAGUCAUGGUUAUACUGGAAGAGGAGACAGCAAUCUAGGCCUUGUAACAGUAAGUUGGUUUAGCAUUACAUAAUUGUAUCUUAUGAUGCAGCCUCUAUUCCACUUGUUUUUUAAAAAAUGCACACACAUAGGUUGGCAUUUAGCCCAAUAAUACUAAUCCUAACAUUACUAAGACCACAAAAAUAACUAAUUUAAAUUCAAGUAUGAUAAAAGAAUAGAUGUACCGUAAUUCCCCAUUACUGAUUCUCCGUCAAAAAGAUUAUACAUAUUUAUUUCUUGUACUUUUUGCCUUUUAACAGGGCAUAUUUAUUGGCAUACCAUAUUGGUAGAAUAUCUUAUGUGAACACAAGGCCUGCUUAUCAUAUAUAUAAUCUUUGUGAUGGAUUAAUGUAUAUGUUUCAAUGUACUUUUUGUGAGGCAUCUUAUGUGGAUCAAUAAACAGGAUCAGUACGCAGUAUGGUUCAUCUCAAUUUAUCUUUAAAUCACUUGUUGUAUAAAGACAAUAGGAAAACAUAACAGGAAAAGCCCAUCAUGUACCCCUGUCUUUGCUGACUAUUAAAUUUUAAUUUAGCAUCUGGAGGUCACUAAUGUUGUCAUAUUUGUACUUGCUGAUUACUGCUAUUUUGCUUCUACUGAAAUUAAUCACUAACUUGUAAAAGUGAUGCGCCGUGCAGUAUGGAUAGAACCAAGUCAAGAAAUUAAGACAACGUUUUUUUAAAAAGUUGACAGAUUCAUUUAAAGCUUUUUGGCUUCUUUCUGCAGUUUUGCUAAUGAGAAUUGUACUAAUUUUCUCCACUUCCUUAAUUGUGAGUUGAUGUAUAAGACAAGAGCUUUUCUUUUGUAAUUUAAUUCUCACACUGAAAUAAACAAAUUAUUUGACAAA